GGGGAACUGAAAACCCUAGAACAGAGUAUUAUAGUGAGAAAACAGUCAGGUUUGGAUAUUGAUUAUUUAAGCUGGGUUGAUAUGGAUUCACACUAGGUAUCAGUUCAGUGGCAUUGCUGGAUGUAAUUCAGGGGUUGAAACUGUAAGAGCUCUAAUCUCGUUUGUUACUUCAUCAAAAUAAAAUGAUUUACUAUUUUAGGGUAUUCAUUUAGAUUUUUGAUAAAAAUGCCAUGGUUAUUUGUAGAAGACCUAAUUCACUCGAUGCAGAAACAUCUUGUUGUCUUCGGUAGCAGAAUUUAUUUCAGUUCAACCAAAAUUACUAAACCAAUCUUGCCCAAACUUAUAAAUUUAGGAGACCCUGUAAAGAAUGGCGGUAGUUGUAUUAGAUUUCUCUCCACUAUGUCGAUGCAGAGACGGCUACCUGUCCUGGAUGACCCGUCCACCUUAAUGAAGGAAGACGGCGUUGCUGUUUGUUCGACCAUGUGGAUUGAGAAUUUUAGAGAACCUGAUAGAACUGUAACCAGUGUUCAAGAGUAUCUAAGGCGAUUUGAAUUGUGGGUUUUAGCUUAUCAGAAAGUAUGUGCUGAUGAAAUGGGUACCUUUAUGCCUAGAAGUGCGAUUCAGAAAUCAGCUUAUGAUGACUUAUUAGCACUCAGGAAUGCUGUUUUAGAUUCCAGGUUUAAAUGGGCUGCUCGGUUGGAUUUUUUUAUUCGGUCUCCAAAGGAUAAAACUGAUCUUGGAUCACUUUCUAAGAGGAAAAUUAAAGCUAUAUUGACUACUACACAGCCGGCUACGUUCCAAGAUCGAAUUGUUCAGGAAGUUCUUUACAUGAUUCUGGAACCUAUUUAUGAAGCCCGUUUCUCACAGAAGUCAUAUGCAUUUAGGCCUGGGAGGACUCCUCACACUGUUUUGAGGGUUAUUAGGAGGAAUUUUGCAGGUUAUUUGUGGUAUAUAAAAGGAGAUUUGAGCACUAUUUUAGAUGGGAUGAAGGCGAGUAUGGUGAUUGAUGCUUUGUUGAGAGAUGUUAGAGAUAAGAAAGUGAUUGAUUUGAUAAAGGCCGCUCUUGUGACACCGGUGAUCACUAGUCGUGUUGAUGCAGGGGAGAAAAAGAAAACGAAGAGGAAGAAUCAAAAGAAGAAAGAACUAGCAGAUGAUGAACCAAAGCCCGACCCAUAUUGGUUGCAAACAUUCUUCCGGUUUGCUCCAGAGGAAGCUGAGAAGCUUCCCUCUUGGGGACAUUGCGGAGUUCUUAGUCCCCUUUUAGCCAACAUUUGUUUUGAUGAAUUGGACCACUGGAUGGAGGGUAAACUCAAAGACUUCUAUCGUCCCGUAACAAGUAAAGCUAUAUGGAACUCUCCAGAGGGAGGAGAAGAACAGGGGAAUACUUCAUGGCCGGAAUUUGUCCCAACAAAUGGAAAAGAUAAGACUAGAAAGAUGGAUUACGUUCGUUAUGGGGGCCAUAUUCUGAUCGGGGUUCGAGGACCUAGAGCAGAUGCAGCAACACUGAGGAAACAGUUAAUUGAGUUCUGUGAUCAGAAGUAUCUCUUAAAGCUUGACCAUGAAAGCUUAUCUAUUGAACACAUAACAAAGGGUAUCAUGUUUCUUGAUCAUGUUUUGUCCCGACGAGUUGUGUACCCGACUCUUCGGGUUACGGCAGCUGGUGGAAAGAUCAUCAGUGAGAAAGGUGUGGGUACUCUCCUAUCAGUUACUGCCAGUAUGAAGCAAUGCAUGAAGACGUUCAGGAAGUUGGACUUUCUGAAGGGAGAUCGAGACCCUGACCCGCAGCCUUGUUUCAGGAUGUUUCAUGCUACUCAAGCACACACAAAUGCACAGAUGAACAAGUUCUUAUCCACAAUGGUGGAGUGGUAUAGAUAUGCAGACAACCGUAAGAAGAUUGUGAAUUUCUGUUCUUAUAUUAUUAGGGGUUCAUUGGCGAAGCUCUAUGCUGCAAAAUAUAAGCUCCGUUCCCGAGCAAAGGUUUACAAGAUUGCGUCGAGAACUCUUAGUCGUCCACUGAAAGAGAAAAAGGGAGUGUCUCCUGAAUAUCACAAUCUGCUAAGAAUGGGCCUUGUAGAUUCCGUUGAUGGGCUUCAGUAUACUCGUAUGUCUCUUGUACCUGACACUGAUCACAAACCUUUCCCACGUGGUUGGAGGCCGGAUCAUGAAAAAGUUUUAAUGGAAUAUAUUAGGCUCGAGGAUCCUAAGACUCUGGAGGAGCAAAGGAACUGCCUGAAAGAACAUGGCCUUAUUUCCCCACAAGAUCAAAUCUCAAUGCUUGUUUGGAAUCUUAAACGAAAUGCUAUAUCGGUGGAUCAGCUUCCUUUGGAUGCAAAAGAACUGGCAUUAAGUUUGGUCGAAGAGGAUUCGGAUAGCAAGAACAGUAAUGGGAAAAACAAUGAAGAAGGAUAUGAAGCUGCCCAAUUGUAAAAGCAUUUAGGGUGCAAACCAGGAGGACUUUGUUAAGGUGACCACUGAUGAAGAAAGAUAAAUUUUACAUCUUGUGCUUGAAGAUCAAUUAUUGUAGUUUAAGAAAGAUAAGGUUUACUUCUUGUGCUUGAAGAUCCAUUAUUGUAGUUUUCUUAUACUGAUUAUUACUGUAAGACGAGUCGUAUAUCACUUCUACAAAAAAUCUACCAGUACAUACCCUCCUGGGAUCUGCCUCGAAAGGUAUGUUUAUCUACA